AUGAAUACAGACGUGAUAACAUCUACACAUUAUAACGACUUGUUCGUUCCUGAAGCGGAAAGGGUUGACCUUCAUGUUAGGGGCUUGACUGUGAACUUGAACAAAUCAAGAUUGGCUAAAGAGAAGAAGAAGAAGCAGUUCAAGGAGAAGAUAGAGAAUGAUGUUGAAUCUGUUGCCGAAGUUAAAAAAAUCUUGAAUAAUAUCAAUCUUGACUUGGAAAAGGGUAAAGUUUUAGCUAUUUUAGGGGCUUCAGGGUCUGGUAAGACCACUUUGUUGAACACUUUAUCAUCAAGAAUGAGUUUUGCUAAAUCUAAAGAUAAUCCUUUCCAAUUCGAAGGUAUGGUUCAAUAUUCUCAAACAAAUCCAAAUAUUUCAUACCUUUUACAAGAGGAUCUUUUCAUGCCUGGGUUGACAGUUCGAGAGAUUUUAAAAUUUACUGCACAAUUAAAAUUACCAAAUUCAUCAAAUGCUGAACAAACAAAAUUGAUUGAUUAUCUUUUUGAUUCAUUAAAUUUAAGAAAAGUUGAAAACACAAUAGUGAAUGAUUUCAAAUAUCAUACAACUUUAAGUGGUGGUGAAAGAAGAAGAGUGUCAUUAGCUAUCCAAUUAUUAACAAAACCUUCUGUAUUAUUCUUAGAUGAACCUACAACUGGGUUAGAUUCAAACACUUCAAUUAAUUUAGUUCAAACUGUUAAAGAUUUGGCACAAAAUUUUGGUAUUACAAUAAUUUUAACAAUCCAUCAACCAAGAUUUGAAAUUUUAGAAAUUGUGGACAAGAUUUGUUUAUUAGCCAAAGGUGGGUCAAUGUUAUUUACUGGUUCUCUUGAAGAUGGUUAUAAAUAUUUUGAUCAAUUAGAGUUAAAUGAUGGUGAUGAUGUUCAAGAAGAGUCGAAUUUCGCUGAUUUCUUAUUAUCAAUUUCUUCAAUUGAUAAAACAAUGUCAAAAGAAGUUGAAUUGAAAACUCAAGCUCGUGUUGAUAAAUUGGUGACAAAUUGGGCAAAAGUUCAACCAUUACAACAAGAUGUUGAAUACUACAACUCUUUUGAAUCAGGAGCACCAAUUUUCAAUCAAAAUAAAACACAUAAAUUACCAUUUUACCGUGAAAUUUGGGUAUUAAUGCAUAGAUGUACAAUUGUAACAAUUAGAGAUUUGAAAAGUAUGUUUACAUUCCAUUUCAUUAUGACAUUUUUGGCAAUUGUUUGUGGAUGGUGUUUUUAUAAACCAAAAGGUGAUUUAGCAGGUAUCCGUUCAAUAACUUCAACUUUAUAUGUUUGUUGUGAAGUUUUAGGUUUUACACCUUUAUUAUAUGAAAUUGAAAGAUUAUGUGCCACUGAUGGUAAAUUUUUUGUUAAAGAGUAUAAAGAGGGGAUUUAUUCAAUUAGUGGAUUUUUAAUUGCUAGAAAAUUGGUUAAAUUAGCAUUAGAAGAUGUUCCAAUUACUAUUGUUUGGUCAGUUAUUACAUUUUAUAUGUGGGGGUUGAAUGGAUCAAGUAAUUUUGGUAUUUAUUUCAUUAAUAAUUUUUUAAUUUAUACCGUGGGGAUGGCUACUGCAUUUCUUUGUUUUAUGAUGGGUAAAUAUGAUUUUGGAACUGCAAGUUUAAUGUCAAAUUUAUUUUAUCAAUUACAAAAUUCAGCUUGUGGUUAUUUUAUUAAUGCUAAAACCAUGCCAGUUUAUGUUAGAUGGACGAAAUAUUUGGCAAACUUUUGGUAUGGAUUUGGAAGUUUAGUUUCAAACCAAUACACUGGUUUUAUUGGUGAUUGUCCUUUUGAAACUGGCUCUAGUGAAUGUUAUGAAUAUACCGGUGAAUAUGUUUUAGAUAAUCUGGGGUAUCCAAAAAACUGGUUUGCAGUACCAUUAUGUGUUAAUCUUUGUUGGGGGUUAGGUUUUUACAUUAUUACUGGUGUAUUAUUGUGGUAUCAAUGUAAAAGGAAAACAGUUAAAGUUGUUAAACCAAUUAAUAAUAAAAAAAUUGAUUUAUUAUCUUCAAAAAUUACAGAAAUUGAUGCACAAAAAUUUAUGAAAAAAUUCAACUCAACACAUUUCCAACAAGAUGUUAUAAUUUCAUUAAAAGAUAUUUCAUUAACUUUGAAGAAAUCAUUUUGGAGGAAUUCAAUUUUGCGAAAACCUUAUAAUGGGAAACAAUUGUUGAAAAAAAUUGAAUCAAGUUUCAAACCAGGUGUUAAUGCAAUCAUGGGUCCUUCAGGUUCUGGUAAAACAACAUUAUUGAAUUUCCUCACGGGAAGAACUCGUUAUAGUACAAUAAGUGCACAAGGUGAUGUUUUAUUAAAUGGACAAACAAUUCCAUUUGAUUUGUUGAAAAAGAUCACUACAUAUGUUGUUCAAGAUGAUAAUGUUUUAAUUCCAACCUUAACAGUUCGUGAGACUUUAUGGUAUCAAGCUAAAUUAAGAUUAGAUGUUUCACAACAUGAUUAUAUUCCAAUUAUUGUUAAUGAUUUGAUUAGAAAGAUGGGAUUAAGUGAUGUUGCCAAUAUUCCAAUUGGUGAUGGUAAUGUUAAAGGUAUUUCCGGUGGUGAAAAAAGAAGAGUUUCAAUUGCGAUUCAAUUAUUAAACGAUUCCAAGAUUUUAUUAUUAGAUGAACCAACCUCCGGGUUAGAUUCGUUUACUUCAAGUUCAAUAAUUUCUUUAUUAAAUGAAUUGGCAAUUAAUGAACAAAAGACAAUUAUUUUAACAAUUCAUCAACCAAAAAUUGAAAUUUUUGAAAAAUUUGACAAUAUUUUAUUGUUAUCAGAUGGAUAUGUUAUUUAUGAUGGUAAACCAAAUGGAUUAAUUGAACAUUUUGCGGAAAUGGGGUUCAAACCUGAAUAUAAUAUGAAUUUUGCAGAUUAUAUUUUGGAUGUUAUUUCAGGUAAAGGAUUUGGUGGAGAAGAUAUUACACAAAAGAUGGUUGAAGGUUGGAGAAGUUUUAAAACUCGUGAUUUAAGUUAUUCACCUAUAGUGGAGACUCCAAAUUAUCAAAUUGAAGAUUUCAAAAAAUUGAUUAAAAGACCACAAAGUUUUAAGAAUGCAUUUCGUCCAAUUUUAGAAAGACAGUUUAAAGUGUUGAUGAGAUCUCCGGAUGUUUUAUUUUGUCGUAUUGGACAAUUGCUUGGGUUAUCUAUAGUGCAUGCCUUAUAUUUUUCACCAUUGAAGAAUAAUUCAGAAUCUAUUGGAAACAGAUUAGGUUUGAUUCAAGAAGUUUUAAAUUUAUAUUUUUGUGGAUUAAUCAAUAAUGUUACAGCUUUCCCAAUUGAAAAGAAUACAUUUUAUCAAGAAUUUGAAGAUAAUACAUAUUCACCAAUUACAUUUAUGUUGUGUUAUUUGAUUAAUGAAGUACCAUUUGAAAUUGUUGGAUCUUUUAUUUUUUCAAUUUUCAUUGUUUUAGUUGUUGGAUUACCAAGAAAUGGAGGGAUGUUUUUCACAAUGUUUUAUAUGUGUGUUGUUACAAUUAAUGCUGGUGAAAGUGUUGGUAUGAUGUUUACCACUAUCUUUGAUCAUCUUGGAAUUGCAGUUAAUUUCGUUGCAAAUUUAUUAGUGAUUGCCAUUUUCAUGGGUGGUACAAUGUCGUUACAUAUGCCAAUUUUGUUUAAGGCUUUUAACUAUAUAAGUCCUUUGAAAUAUGGAGUUUUAGCAUUAGCAGAGUUAGGAUUUGAUGGACAAACGUUUGAAUGUUCAGGUGGUGAUUCAAGUUGUCUUUUGAAUACAGGGGAAGCAGUUAUGGAUCAGUACAAGUUGAAUAGUAAUUUUGCCAUGAAUUUUGUUGCAGUUGCCAUCAUAGUUGUUGUAUAUAGAUUGGUGGCCUAUGGUAUAUUUGAGUUGAAGGUUAGAUACUUGAGAAAGUAG